ACGCAUGCGCAUUGUCCACAUCCCUGUGGUGUACGUGAGCAGUGCCCAGGGUCGUGUAUUCUCUCCGAGCACGCCGCAGUCCUCCUUCCACAUCAUGUUCAGAGCAGCCGUCCGUCUCUCAGUCUCCGGGAUCCGGAGUUUAACACGGCCGCAGCCAGGGUGCCAAGGUGCCUUGGCCGCCAGAUGUUACUCCCAUGGGAAGGUGGAGACGGAUGAGGAGUUCGAUGCGCGCUGGGUUACCUACUUUAACAAGCCCGACAUCGAUGCAUGGGAACUGAGGAAAGGGAUGAACACCUUGAUCGGGUAUGAUCUUGUUCCUGAACCGAAGAUCCUUGACGCGGCUCUGAGGGCCUGUCGCCGGCUGGACGACCUGGCCAGCGCUAUUCGCAUCUUGGAGGCUGUUAAGGACAAGUCUGGCCCCCACAAAGCGAUCUACCCGUACCUCCUUCAAGAGCUGCAGCCAACUUUAACAGAGCUUGGAAUUUCCACACCUGAAGAGCUUGGCAUUGAUAAAUUAUAAACCGUUCUGACAAAGUGGAUACCACCAAAACCUCUGUUUGGGACAUCUUGUGUUUAUCUUCGCCUUUUGGAAUUGUGUGCUAUUUAAUUUGGCCUUUUAUUAAGUUCUUAUGCUUGUAAUAUAUAUUGAUGAACCUAAUAAAGGACUAUUGAACUAAUAGAAAGGUAUUUUUGUUUCAAAAACAUGUGUUUGGGUAACUUAUGUAAUUGACUACAAUGGCAUACUCCUGUUUGUCCACUAGAGAGCAGCAUUUCCUGUGAAUGUAAAAGCAAAUCAUUUUACUGUACGCUUCCUCAAUCUGCAUUUCAGGGAAAAUGACGUCAUAAUAAACUCGAUUCAAUAAAA